AAUCGCAAAAUUACAGCAGCCUUAGUCUUAUUUUCAAGCAUUCUAUUAGCAGAGCGGAGAGCUGCUAUAACAAUGCACCCCUGUCCUCUCGACAGAAACCACGUCUAUAAUAACUUCGGAGGCUUCAGGGCGUGUAUAAGUAUACUGAAAAGCUGUCUACAAGCUGUGAAGACAAACAACGUUAAGUAAUAUUGACUCCGGAUUUAUCCGCAGAGAUGCGCACCGCUCGCCUCUGUGUAAGAAAUUUUGGCGAGCUGAAAAAGCGCAUUGAAUACAAUAAGCGGCCUACGUUGUACACCUACGCUAUGCCAGGACUGCUCGAGGUGUGGCGCAUACUUCUUGAAGCUUCUCUGAACGUGUGCUGCGCCGUCCAGCUAUUAUUAGAAGUCGAAAGUAAGCAAGGCGAGGGCGAGGGCUAUUGUUGCUGGCCUCUUGCUCGAGUUCAUCCUCUUCCUCUCACAUUCACCAGUAUGGACCCAGCCAGCCGAGCGCUGUCGCAGGCCUUGCCCGCAGGCGUACCUAAUACAUAUGCUGCCCGAUCAGAACAUAGCAGUGUCCCUGUCUCUACACUUGUCCAUCGCCAGAACGGACGACGCUCGCGGGAGGAGCAGGCCCAGAGCCAGCAGUACCUUAGCCGAGAGGAAGAGAGAGCUCUAGUCCUGUUCUUGCUACUGAUGUCUAACCUAGGCCAACCUGUGCGAAUCAAGUUUGUACGCUCGCUGGCUUUCAGUAUAGCUCGUCAGCGAUCCACGAAGCAGCAACCGACCAAACCCCCAGGCAAGAACUGGCCGAAAGCCUUCGAGAAGCGGCACCCUGGGCUACAAGCAAGAAAAGUCAAAUCGAUAGACUGGAAACGCCACGAAAACAAUGUGUAUGGCAAAAUAGUCGAGUGGUUUAACAUUAUCGGACAAGUGCUGCAGGACCCAGCGGUCUUGCCAGAGAACGUGUACAACAUGGAUGAGACAGGCGUCAUGCUAAGCAUGCUUGGCUCGGUCAAAGUCCUAGUAGGUAAGGACGACAGGCGGAACUAUAGAGGUGCGGGCGUGAAGCGGACCAUGGUCACCGCAGUGGAAUGCGUGAGUGCCGACGGUAAGGCGCUGCUGCCGCUCAUCAUUUGGCCCGCUUCGACCCAUCGCAGCAAUUGGACCACUUACAAGACUCCGGGAUGGCAUUAUGCGCACUCUGAGAACGGCUACAACGAUUCCAAGAUCUGCUUGGAGUGGCUUACGCGCGUAUUUGAUCCUCAGACCAAAGCACGAGCUAACGGAAAGCCACGUGUACUGAUAUGUGAUGGCUUUGGAAGCCACGAGACGCUCGAGAUUCUAGAGUUUUGUCUUACUAACAACAUUAUCCUGUGUCGUUUGCCCUCUCACACAUCCCAUAAGUUACAGCCCUGCGACGUUGGGCCUUUCGCACCCUUAAAAACAGCAUACCGUGACCAAGUAGAACAACUCAAUCGCGGUGGCAUAGAUACAGUCGGCAAAGAGCAUUUCACUUACCUGUACAGUCCUGCUAGGGACAAGGCGUUGACCCCAAGGAACAUCAGAGCUGGGUGGGCGGCGACCGGCCUGUAUCCUUUUAACCCAAACAGAGUGCUGAAGGAUAUUCCGAAACCUCUAGCUGAAGUUAUCAUUCCAGCAACCACCAUAACAACCGCUGGCGCGCCAGAUAUGGUGCAAACGCCCAUCACGCCUGCGACGCCGGUAACAGCAGAAGCGCUUACAUCGCUGCACGAUAUGAUUAAGCAAGACGCCUACGUGCUUGACGAGACGAGCAAGGAUCGUUUGCGAAGGCGCAUACAGAAACUCGCGAGUGCUGCCCAGACCUCGUUCGCUGAGCGAGCCCUGCUAAAAGACCGUAACCAAUUUCUUUUCCAAAUCAACAAUGAAGCUAAAACCCGCCGAGCAACCAGGUCAGUAGUGCUAGGAAAGGCGAAGGUGAUGAGCUACGAGGAUCUCGAAGAGGCAAAGGCGAAGCGUGCUGCGAAGGACGAAGCUGCGACGCGGAAGGGACAGCGUAGCCGUAAGCGCAAGGAACCGGCGUCGGAAGGUCCCCUGCCAACCAGCAAAGCAGCGCGGACAAGCAAAGUGACAGCACCAGAUAAAAUCACAGCAACCCCAUGGAGAGCUCCGGUUGCAAGGAUGUAUUAG